CCCGAGGACGACGCGUCCCUGAGGUACACGAGAGAGUCCGAGCGGCUCAGCUUCUACGACUAUAUACGGUUGCAUAUGUCCAGCGUGACGCGAUGGAGCCGCUUCUAUCGGACGACUGGCCCUCAGCGGGGGCAGGUGGUCCUCCUGGCGAUGCGAAUGUACCCCAAGAAGAAGAACGACACGAGGUGGAUCUACGUGAAGCCGGACCGCGCGCUCGGCGUGGGCGACAUCAAGGAUCGGGCGAAGAUGUCAAGUCGUCGACAGCCAGGCUGGGACUACGAGGCGUUCCCGGCCCUCACGGCCCCCGAGAAGGCGGACAUCCUGGAGAAGGCAAAGGAGGAGCAGCUCGAGGCCGAGCUGUAUCUGUCCAACAUCCGCGGCUACGUUGCCUCGCUGUCCUGGUUUCGCUCUGGUCUGGUUGGCGUAUGGAGCACAUGGAACUGGGGGUCGACGGCGGGCGCCGCCUUCUUUUUCUGGAGGGUGGCGGUCUACUGCAACCUGCGGCAGUGGAUGCGCUGGUCCGUGGAGAAGCUCGAGGACGGCCACAACAUGAUACUCGAGAUCGACGAUUUCCGAGGGUAUCUGCACGACCUCUACCAGGACGGCAAGCUCGAGAUUCCCAUCAUGAUCUUCACCGCGGUGGUGGCUCUUGGGCCUCGCCUCCUGCGAUGCUGCAGGCAGCGCCCCUCCCCUCUGCUCGCGGGGGCCUCGCCUCCAGUGAGCGACGUGGACAGCGACGGGAAGGCGGGCCACUCGGUGGCGGGGUCGUCGGACGAGUCCGAGCCCGCCAAGGACAUGCAGGAGACGAAGGCCAUGAUGAGCAACCUGCUCGACGAGAUCACCAAAUCAAAGUCGGAGUCGCCACGUGCCCCCACGAGUCGGAGUGCCUCGUCGGCCGCGUCCCCUGGAGAGAGCAGUCACGCCAGCUGGGAGAAAAUCCCCAGUGUCAACACGGACUCCAGCAUGGACGUGCAUGUAGACAGGAUGAUCGACCGGCUGAAGCGUUUCGAGGACACGAUCAAUGCGGACAAAGAGACGCUGGAGGGCGCGGGGGUGAGCCUCGAGCCCUUGCGGGAAGCACUCCGGGACCCCAGGGAGAGGUUGCUGGCCAACCUCUCGAAGAUCGAUGCGCCGCCCACCUUCACCCUCCCAGCGGGCCUCACCUCCCGCGUGGCCCCCGAGCUGUUGGUCCAGACCUACGGGAAGUACGGCAGCAUGGUGAAGUUCGCGACGGACUGGGUUCGCCUCAAGGAGCUGAAUCGCAACCACAUCGGCCACGAGAUGAUGCUGCACUGCAUGACGCUGGAACGGAUGCUGGAGGCCUCGCCCGAGUUCAUCCAGACGGCGGGCUGCGAGAUCCUAUGCGCACGAGCUUAUGCUCUGAAGCGGGCGUUCAAGGACGUGGCAUGCAUCAACGACUGGAAGCAGCCCCGGGGCAGCGGGGCCAACAAGUGGAAGUCCAAUGCGCGCUGGGACCUCGCGAACGAGCUGGGCUGGAGAUCUCUCACGGAGGGCGGGGAGGCGCUCCCAGGCGUGGAGCGCGACUUGACGGCCAGGCUGCAGCAGAAGGCUCUCUUCCAGAAGUAUAUGCAGAAGGGGGGCUCGGACGCAGUAAAGGAGGAGGACGAGUAG